AUGAUAUCUACUAGGCAAAGCCAAAUGGAGGAAAAUGAAGAUUGUGUUACGCCAAUGCAAAAUCCUGAUAUCUUUCUUCAUGACUCAUCUAUUGUGCUGACCCUGCCACCUGCUUUACAAUUGCUUUUAUAUUCUUUAUUCGUUUUUUCCCAUGUCAUCAUAAACAUUUGCUCUUUCUUUCUCCUCUCUAUAAUUUGUUUUCUCUUUUCAAUAAUUUCUUUUUUCUUUUUAUUUUUGAGAUUUUCUCUCAUUAAGGCUUGUUUAUUUUACUAUUUCCGUAUUUUUUAUUCAAAAUAUUUUCUCUUUUUUUCCCUCAUUCUGACAAUCGUUAUUUCCUUUUUCUUUUUCCACUCCUUGAACCUUUGCGUCUUUCUUUCUUUCUUUCUUUCUUUCUUUCUUUCGUUUGUUUUUCUUUCUUUCUUUCUUUCUUUCUUUCUUUCUUUGAUAACUUUUUCUAUUUAUUAUUUCCUUUACUUAUUCUUGAUUUUUCUUUUUUUUUUCUUUGUUUCUUUCUGUUACUCUCUUUAUCUCUUAUCUUCGUCCUUUUUUUUAUCCGUCAUCAUUUUUUAUUCCUUUUCUUUAUCAUUGUUUCUUCUUUCUUUCUUUCUUUCUUUCUUUCUUUUCCACUCUUUAUUAUUAAUUUUCUUUGUCACUUUCAUCUUUUUCUGUAUCCUUUUGUUGCUUUUAUUCAUCCUUCUUUCUUUCUUUCUUUUUUUCUUUCUUUCUUUCUUUCUUUCUUUGAUCUAUAUAUAUUUUUUAAUUUUUUACUCCCUUUUCUUUAUCCUUCAUUCAUUCUUUAUUUCUUUUUUCUCACUUUAUCGUCUUUUUCUUUAUCCUUCAUCAUCUCUUGCUCCUUUUAUUCAUCAUUGGUAUAUCUUUAUUUCUUCCUUUUAUUCUUUAAGUUAUAGAAUUUUCCUUUCUUUUCUUUCUUUUUCUUCACCAUUGAUCUUUCGUUUAUUUCUUAAUUUUUAUCCAUUAUUUCUUAAUACUUUUCUUUCCUUUUCCUUUAUUCUUGGGUUUUCUUUCCUUCCCUUUUUCACGUAUAUUACUAAUCUAUUCUAA